AUGGCAUCCCUGAUUCAUGUUGGAUACAGGAAUCCAUACCGCCUCAUUCGCUUGCUGUUUCCGAUUGAGCUCGCUCGCUUGAGAUUGCAUUCGAAACCAAUUGGCUCAUUUGACGAAGCCAAAGAAGCCCUAAAUACUCUUCGGACGGACCCGGGAAACGAUGUAAAAUUGCAGAUCUAUGCCCUGUAUAAACAAGCAACACUAGGUGACUGUAGAGACCGGAAACCAAACCUUCUGAACUUUGUCGCUGUAGGCAAAUGGCAAGCCUGGAAUUCAUUAAGUUCCAUGACCAAAGUGAGUCGACUGAGUUUCACUUUUCUUACUCCACUGUUUAUUAAGUCUGCGUUGGGAUUUACAAAAGUAAAAUUCGCCUUUAGAAAUACAUCGUUGCCUUGGAAUGGACGGGGAAUGUCACACGGUCUAGUAUGGAUAUUGCCGCAUCAUUGA